AUGCACUACAAAGCUUGGGCCUGUAAAAUUCUGGCACCCGAGAGAAGCAACGGAGUGCCUAAAGAGGAGCAGGUGAUCUACGAGGACGAGAUCGGUAGGGAGAUCGGCGACGAUAUGGGGCCGAGAUGGAGGGAGGCGCUGCGUAACGAGGAGCACCUGCAUGGGCCGAAAAUAACGAAAUGGCGCUUGCGCGCGUACGUCGAAUACAUGUCGACUGAAACCGACCAACAGGCGGCAUCGUUGGACACAGGCCGGUCCAGAGUCGCUGGAAGGAAGGCAAAAAAAAGCACCCCUCCGAUGAUGCUGGCGCGCCUCACUGCGCUGACGUGCUUCUGCAGAGUAGAGGCCAUACUCUUCGACGAGCCACUAACGAAGCCUUUGGACGACAUCACCGAGGCCCGGCAGCUUCUUGCGGUCAAGCUGCGGCAGCUGCACGACUUUCAGUUCGAGCAGUGCGUCGAUCCACACCGGGGCUCGCUCGACGAUGUUUACACGGAGGAGCAGUUCCGCAUUCUCGUUUCAGACAUCCUGCCGUACUGGGCCAAGGAGUACUUUCGGGAGUCGAUGAGUUACCCCAGUCAGUCGCUGUGGAGGGCCUUGGCCGACGCAUCCAUUCAACUCAACACCAAGCACCUCAUCACGCAACUUCGGGCAGAGGUAAACUUACACAAGGAGGAGGGUGGGAAAAAAGAAAUCAAGAUCAAGGGCCUCGAGCAGAAGGUCGAGUCAUUGGAGCGGGAGAAGGCCGCGAUGCAAGCGGAGUUGGAGGCGAAGGCAGAAGCACUCGCUCUACUGCAGAAAGCGUUCGACGCACUGAAGAUUACCGCCGCGACAACCGCAGCUGCGAAUGUAGGGGGGAGCGAGAGUGUGCCGCAGACGGCGACCGAAGAAACCACCCCGCCACCACAGCAGCCCCCUCAAUCAACACCCACUCAACAGAGCAAGGGCAGCCAGCUCGACCAAACAUUCUUCGACGCAGUGGUGUGGCCGUGGUGCACUUGCGAGACCGUGCGGCAGGCGUGGUCGUACUGGGACGGGCCCAGCCCGCUGAACGACGGAUACAGUCUUCGACACGCUUACAGGAGGGGUUUCGCCGUCAAGUACAGCAAGUUCACUCCGACUCCUCCCACCGUUCCACCCGGUGCGGUGGACCAGCCAGCAGAAAAGCCACCGACCCCAAAAGCUGUCGAGUCGAGAUUGCGGAAGAUGGAGGUUGUCAUGAGGGCCGUCGAGAUGUUCAGGGUCGAUGAUAGCAGGGCGGCUACGUCGACGAUCAUUGAUAAGCUUGACUCAAUAGUCAAGAACCACUCGAUCAACAUGCUGGCUGAAGGGCUCGUUCUCAAAGAGGAUUCGGGGAAGCAGCUCACGAAGAAGCGCAAAAUCGAGACAGCAGAUGACAACCGGAAGGACAAAGAUCGCCUCAGGAUCACGCGAGAGCUCAUUCGCGUUGAGCUUCGAACCACGAAAUGGGCCGAGAACGUGUUCAAAGACAAAUGGAAAGAGUUCAUGAAAACAUUGGGCGACAGCCCAAGUUCGACAGGCAAUCGUGACGAGGGGGGAAACUAG